GAGUGAUGAAUUAGGAAAUUAGCAUCCAUUAGCAUCGUCUCCGUGGCUAUUCAAUAAAAGUUAUCCCCAGGCAGACAGCAAUAGUGAUGGCAUCUGGCGAGACGAACGGAACAAAACGAUAAACAAGAAGUGGUUUAAAAGGUUAAAAUCUCAUGUUUCGACUAAGCGGAAAAGAAAUCUAGUGGAAAAAGUGCUGAAACUUGUACAACGUGAAGAAAUCCAUCAAUAGUAUUACUUACCAUUCAGCAGUAUCAGUCGAAAACGGAAGUGAUUGACGGAGAAGCGAACGGAAGCUAUGCUAGACCUGCAGCGACACAUUGACUGUCCGCUGUGGGAAGUGCUUGGAAGUCCACUGAUACCAUGGACCGGAAUGCGAUAUGCUUGCAUCAAGGUGCUGCACGCGUACUGCAAGGUGUUCGACCAAGAGGAACUGUACGAUCUAGUUGUCAGAAAAACCUGCCAGGAGUGUAAAUGUCCGCGGGAAACGCAUGCCGUCUAUCACGAACAGCUGACUUCGGUGCGGGAGCGGUUAGGUUUCAAACAUGACUCCAAUACCAGCCGGGUGGAUCCGAGGCAGAUGGGGUACACCUGGGUUCCGCCGGGAAUACUCACAUCGGCAAAGAUUCAACGGUACUUCGAUGUGAUCCCAUCGGAAAAGGUCCCAAAGAUUGGCACCCAGGGCGAACGAUUCCGAGACAAACAACUGGUCUACCAACUGCCAAAGCAAGACCUAGCCCUAGCGUUUUGCAAACACGUCGAGGAGACGAACCGAAGUUCCUACGAAGAUUUCGUUGCGGCCCGUAACGAAAUCGCCUUGGAUAUAGGCUAUGUGAAAGACACCCCAGCCAAGGCGCAAUGUGCCGGUUGCGGCGAUAUGCUGAACCAGGGAGAGAUGGCUGUGACGGCGCCAAAGUUCCGGGACCAAAUUCUGUGGCACCCCAGAUGCUUCAAGUGCACCACCUGUGAUGAGCUGCUAGUCGACCUGACGUAUUGCGUCCACGACGAUCAAAUCUACUGCGAGCGACAUUACGCCGAACUGCUGAAGCCCCGGUGCAAUGCAUGUGAUGAGCUAAUUUUCAGUGGCGAGUACACCAAGGCCAUGUCGAAGGAUUGGCAUUCGGGUCACUUCUGCUGUUGGCAGUGCGACGAAAGUCUCACCGGUCAGCGGUAUGUUCUGCGUGACGAGCAUCCCUACUGCAUCAAAUGCUACGAGAAUGUGUUUGCCAACGUUUGUGAGGAGUGCAACAAGACGAUCGGCAUCGAUUCUAAGGACCUGUCCUACAAAGACAAGCACUGGCACGAAGCAUGCUUCCUGUGCAAUAAGUGUCGCAUCUCGCUAGUCGACAAACAGUUUGGCUCCAAGGCCGACAAGAUCUACUGCGGAAACUGCUACGAUGCCCAGUUUGCUUCCAGAUGUGACGGCUGUGGGGAAAUCUUCCGUGCUGGAACCAAAAAGAUGGAAUACAAGACCAGACAGUGGCACGAGAAGUGCUUCUGCUGCUGUGUCUGCAAAACCGCCAUCGGUACCAAAUCCUUUAUCCCCCGUGAGCAGGAGAUCUACUGCGCCGGAUGCUACGAGGAAAAGUACGCAACCCGUUGCAUCAAGUGCAAGAAGAUUAUCACCAGCGGCGGUGUGACCUACAAGAACGAACCGUGGCAUCGUGAGUGCUUCACCUGCACCCACUGUCAGGUGUCCCUGGCUGGACAGCGCUUCACCAGCCGUGACGAAAAGCCAUACUGUGCCGAGUGCUUCGGAGAACUGUUCGCCAAGAGAUGCACCGCUUGUGUCAAGCCAAUCACAGGAAUCGGCGGUACCCGUUUCAUCUCGUUCGAAGAUCGUCACUGGCAUAACGAUUGCUUCAUCUGCGCCAUUUGCAAAACGUCACUGGUUGGCCGUGGAUUCAUCACCGAUGAACAGGACGUCAUCUGUCCGGAAUGUGCCAAGCAGAAGCUGAUGUAAGAUGUUAAAAAAACAAAAACCAACCCGUCAGUGGGAUUUCACUAAACAAAAUUGUACACAAAUCUUCACACACCCCAACUCACAACACAUUGUAGAAAACGAAACACAAAAAAUAAAACCAUUUCUCUCUCUAAAUUGCAAACGAAAGCAACUGAAACUAUUGUUACAACGAAACAAAAAAAACAACACAAUGAUAUUCUAAAAGCAAACAACUAUGUGUUUUAGAGGAAUUGAAAAUGUAUAUGUUAAUUCGAUGGAUGAACAACAAAACUACCACAGCAGUGAAGUAGUCUUUCACAGUGUACUAGAAUUGUCAAACGACCCGAUGGUGGCCAUUUUGAAAAGCGCUUUUCCGAAUAUUUUAUAUGGUGUCAUUGUUGAAGUCUUUUGAAAACAAAGAUCACUCAUUGCCCUUCAUUUUUUAAAUAACUGUCGCUUCAAGAACUUGUUUUAUGGUUAGAUUGAAACGAUAAUUUCCUCGAACAAUCGAUAAAAUGUAUUAAACAGUUGAAUUGCCAUAAGAAUGUUUUCAAAGGACACAGAUUUGAUAAUAUAUUUUUUUAACGUGUGCUUAAAAUAUAUCUUUUAUCGAAAACUUUUAUUCUGUGAAGACAGUUUUAGGACGAAAAUAAGUAGUUGGCUUUAUUUUAGCAGAGACACUUUCAAAGCAACACAAACACUCACACAAGAGAUUAGCGGGAACGGCCUAUAUUCACAAAAGUUGCCUUUUACUAAGAACAAAACUAUAAGAAACAAACAUCAAAACCUACACCUUAUAUGAACAGGAGACAAAUUUUAAAUAAAAUACGAUUGUCGUUCUAGUUUUUAACGGCUUUUUAUCGAAGAAAUGAGAUGAACAGAAACAAAAUAUUAAAAAAAAGUAUUUAAGAGAGUAGAACGCAAAAAAAUGCUUUCACAAAGAAAAUAUAUCCCUAAUAUUGAUCGCUUAUCUUCCCCUCUUUAUGUUAUAUGUUGUUAUUUCUAAGCUUAAAGAAUAAAGAAGAAAAAUCAAUUAUUACCUACUGUUAAUCUAGGCGGUCGACGAAAGAAAGAAAACUGUAUUUAAACGAAGGCAGAACAUUAUUAUUAGAGCACUCUAUCAGAGAUGAUUGACUUAACAUUUACUAAAGAUAAUCCUAAUCCUAGAAAAGAUGAACCAGAAGCAGGAGGAAACAACCCUCGAGAGUAGGAUAGCGCUUAAGAUCAUGACUCAUUGAUCUGUCCCUUCUCUGUCACAUCAGAAGCAGUAUCGUAUAACGAAUAUUUUUAUUGAUUAAAUUAUUAUUUAUUCAUAUUAACACCUCGAUUACCAUUAUGUUGAUAACAGGAAACUUUAGGAAAGGCAAAAUGCCUGUGUAUAUCGUACGGAAGAAUGCUGGUGGUUAAAAAGGUACAUACAUAUAAAAAAGUAUAUCAAAUCAGAAAAAAAACGCUAAUAAUUUCACCUCUUCUUUGUUAUUAUUAAUAAUUUUAGCGAUAGUUGGAUUUUUCAAUAAAUAAAUUAUCUCUUCGAA